AUGAAGUCGAUUGAAAUUUAUGGGUUUGUAGGAUGGGUUGGAUCUUUUGGGAUGUUUUUGCUUUAUAUUAUUUGGGGAUUUUUACCGGACAAUUUGCUGAAUUCUUUUGGCAUUUAUUUCUAUCCUGAUAAAUCAUGGGCUCUUGCUAUCCCUUCUGUAUUUGUUAUGACAAUUAUUUUUUUGAUAGUUUUCUAUUAAUUUUUAAAUAUGGCCAAAUGCAAGCCUUUAGAUUCUUAUACAACUCUUUAAGAUAACUUCACUAGGUUCCACACUAAAAAAACAGAGAUUUAAGAUGGAUUACCUGAAAUUUAUGAUAUUCCAGCUCCUGUGGUUAACAAUAUUUUAUUUUAUGAGCCAGAAAUAGUUCAGAAAUUUGAUCCAGAUUUUAAGCUUCAUGAAAAGGGCUAUUUAACCAAUUAUUUAUGA